AUGAAUCUCUACAUCGAAGAGAUCAAGGACGGAAAUGAAACGCGAACUCUUGCUCUCUCCGCAAAGACUCUCAAGACAGGAGGCGAAUCCCCGCAAGCUCGGGGAGGACAUGCUGCCGUGCUGAUGGGGUCGAGCCUCUACAUCAUCGGGGGAGCGAAUCGCAACCAGGAAUACUCGACGAGGAUAGCAAAGUUUGACCUCCGCCAAGGGAAAUGGAAAGUAUUGCAGGGAGGGUCGCAGCGCAACGCUGUUGUGCAUGGCGGGAUGUACAUGCCAACCCAAGAGUUCUACAACGACACGUGGGUCCUCAAGGAGGAGGACGGCAGCCUGUGCUGGCUAGAACCGCGGCAGGAGGGACUGACGCCCUCAGCUCGCAACUCGCACACGGCAACACUAGUUGAGGGGGAGGAAGGAGCCGAGAAGAUGGUGGUGAUAGGAGGAGGAAGCUCCAGUGGUCUGCUGCUGAGUGUUGAGAUAGCAGACCUUCAGGAUCUCCCUGACAAGAUCACCUGGAGUAAGUGCGAGGAGGAGUCCUUGUCUCGGAUCUCGCCGCGAGAGAUGCACACCUGCUCGCUCUACAAGGAUUUCUUGAUCAUCUUCGGAGGGAGGGUCGACGGGGAAGAGGUAGUGUCGUCGGAAGCGAUCUUGAUAGACAAGACGUCGUUGAAGGCACUUGUAGUCAAGGUUGAGAGCACGAGCUUCAAACGUUGCGGACAUGCCAUGGCUAAGGUUUUCCGUCUCUUCUCAGGACGCCAUGCUGACCUUGCGAAGCUGAGAGACUCCCGGCUCAUCCUGGUGGGAGGACUCGAUCUCACGGCACCGGAAAUCUGCGCUCAGAGCGUCGAGGACGGCGAGACGCUGGCAAGGUUCGCUCACAGUGCUACAACCGUGACGACGGGAGGAGAGGGAGAGGUUCUUGUGUUCGGAGGCGUCAACUUCUCGUCCGACCUCAACGACGUGGUCGCCAUCACGAGCUCUGUCGCAAAGGAGUAG